UAUAUAUAGGCGUGUACAUCCCCUGGUUCACACCGUCGUGCACGCUGCUUUUUUUUCCCUCUCGGUGUGUCAGGAAGGCGAUUCCGAAUCCACUGGAUGGGAUUUUUAAUUUCGGAAGGCACGAGUUCCCCUGGCAUCCGCAAAUAUGACCCGCCGUUUAGAGAGGAAGAGGAGCGCAGACCACCUGCCCAGAGCCCCGGCCAGGAGGGAGGUGGGGAAGGGCUGGGCCCCUCUCGGCGUCCCGGGUUCCCGGCCAGAGUCUGCGGGAGUCUGUGAAGGCGGAGUUUCCGCGCCAGAGGAGCGGGUCCAAGCGGACAGACAGUUCCAGCCCCGCGCGAGAACGGCCCCAUCUCCUCUCGGUCCCCGGGCCCGCCUGCAGCAGCCCCGGCGCGGUUUCCCCUCCCCGCCGCCCGCGCUCGCUCCUCCUGCGCCCAGGACGGUCUCGGGCGCUGGAUCCGGGCGGCCACGGUGCAGAUGGUGGAGCACAGGGGACUGUCCUGGAGCCCGGGAAGGGCGGAAGCUGGAGGCGGCGGUUCAGAAAAGUUGUGAGGUCUCCAGCGCGGGCGGCCGCGGGAGCUGGAGCGGCGACGAAGAGGACCCGAGGGGACUCAGCCCGCCUGGCACCAACGACCGCGGGCACCAGGGACCCGAUGCGCUGGGAGGACGCUGCCCCGGCAGGUGCGGCGCGCUGGGCCUGGUGCUUUGCGCCUUUCCCUGCACAGUGCGCUUACAGAUGUGGAAAGGAUCCAAAGGAAGACAAAUGAAGCAUGAAGCUUCUGUCUCUCUUCAGUGACUGCUCACCACCAUGUGAGCAAGCACAGGUACCUCUCCUUUCAUAGAGGUCUUGAAGCAGGACAAAGUGCCUAGCAUCUAUACACUUUGUGAAGUGAGUUUGCAAUUCCUCCCACGGAAGCUUGGCUAUGCCUUGCAUUUUGGCCAAUGAAAUGUGACGGAAGUGACUCAUUCCAAGAAAAACUCUUAAGGGUUACUGAAAAGCUUCUGUCUAGUCCUCUUAUGCUGUUACCAUUCUCCACGUAAAGAACAUGCUGCAUGCCGUAACAAUUUGUAUGGAAAAUGAAGAAACGCCUGGAACAGCCUACAGGUGAGACUAGGGCUGCCUGUGACUCAGCAUUUCUGCAGCAAUAGCACAGUUACAGCAUUGUCUGUUUCUCUCCUCCUUUGCCAAACCCAUUUCUAUCUCAGGCUAAGGCCCUUCCCUUUGCCCAGGAGAUGGCUCCUCACCAGUCUCACUGCCCCUCCCCAGAUUAUUCAACAAGACGAUGUGCUGUGUUCAUGAGGUUUUAGCUUAAAUGUCACAUUUUUGGGGGUGAGAGAGGGAGAAGAGAGGCCUGCUUUAAUUCUCAGCAUAAAUUAUGACUUUUCUUUGUGUUUGCUAUUUUGGUAGCUUGUUUAUAUUUUUCUGCACCCUUAUGACAAUUUAGAAUCGUAUUUAUGUGUGAAUUGGUUUGGUGUCCUUUCUUCUCUCCAACCCAUAGAAACCGAGAUCGUGUCUAUUUUAUUUUUCACCAUAGAGGCAGUGUGUAUGGUGGCCAAAUUCAUGGGUGAAAAUUCCAGCUUGGCCACUCAGUAGCUAUCAACUGCUGGCAAGCUGUGUUACUCAACCAUUGGGCCUCAGUUUCUUGACUUCUACAGUGGAGUCGUAACAGAAAAUGCCGCACGUGUUUUUCAUACAGAACAAGAAGAAACGGCGCAUAAAGCACUUAGAAAAAAGUUCCAUAUCGACCCACUCUGUUGGCAUUGUCAGUGUCUUUUCACCCUGAUUAUUUUGGGGUCUGCACCUAGGACCCAGUGUGUAAAUAUCUGUUGGAUGAAUGCAUGCAGGCUACCCACUAUGAUGACAGCCUAUCAUGAUAGACAGAGCCUUGUCCUUGGUCAUCAGGUAAAAAUGCGGUGGGUAGUAGAAGCCCGGCCACUCUGCAAGUUUCCCAGCUCCAGGAAUAUUAUCACUAGCAUGUCGGCACCAUGUUUCCUAAGAGAAAGCACCCUUGCACGGUGGCUGGAGGGGAAGGUGAUGAUUACAUAUCCUGUUGCACAGUAGACAAAAGAGAAGACUACUCAAGGGAGAUCACUAUCUUUGGAGACGAGUAGGAUGAAACUUGAAGGUGCCUGAGUUAUCCUGAUAUUUUUUUCUUUUUACCAUAUCAACAUGAAGCUAGGAAGACAGAAAGCGUGAAGUUUGAUUCUUAAAUGCAAGGGGUGGGGAACUCUGUGGGUGAGGUAUUUUCACAUUCAUGUAAGCAUAAUUUCAGAUAUGAGCUCAGCUGUGGAUGCACACCCUUAGUCCUCAAUCUUCCUCUGCAUCAGGCUCUCUUUAUCUUGUCUGCAGUGCUGCAGUUGAGGUGAUCAAUGACCUUCUCCACCUCUUUAUUCUUCAGUCUGUGGCCAACCAUGUUUCACCUAACACAGCAGCCAUUUCCAUCAUCUUCUCUUUUGUCCCCUCCCCCAGGCACUCACUUUUCUAAACCUCCUUUUAACGAGAGGUGACCGUGUGACCCAGUGCUGGCAGAUGAGGUCUUAGGCAGUCAUUUGAGAUUUCUGGGAAAACUCUUGCCUCCUUAACAAAAAGAUAUGAUAGAAACUUUCCCUCCACUUCCCAUGAAAAGGCUGUGAUGGUUAAAGCUGUGUGAACACAAGCUGCUAAGCAGGAGAAUGAAAAAAUCAACAUUGGAGGGUGACAGACAUGAGUUGUAGAAAGAGCCCAGGUUCUUGGUUUCAUUGCUAAACCAAUGCAUUGGUCUAGAAUAAUUCACUCACAGUUUUCUGCACUAAGAGAUACUUAGGUGCCUUGACUGUAUGAGCCAUUAUUUUAUCAAUUUCUGUUACUUGCAUGUAGAACUGUCAGAAUUGUGCCAGCAUCUAAUAUUUGAAAAGUCCUUUUCUAGACCUCUGAGAUGUACGUGAGGGAUGUGGUACCAGCGACUUACUUCGAGUACACAAAUGAGACACAUACGAGUAAAACAGAAAGUGACAGAAGAGAACACACGCCGGCCACAUCUGUCCAGCUCAUGUGUUCAAUUUUCUAUAUCAUUUGUCUCCAAAGUACUGAAUCUGGAAACGUUUAAGUUCUACUUUAACCAUUAAGUUUCCCCACAGGUUAGAUUUGGAAACCGAUCAUUAGGGAGUUAAAGCAACUUUGUCAAUGUCACCAUUUGAUUAAAAGGUGGCGUUGGGUUUCUAAACAAAAUCUUCACUUCCUAAGUAGCUGCUACUGAGCCCCAUGUAUUUAUUGCUGUCAAUUUACCUAAUCAAUAGUGUCUAAGUUACUUAAUCUCUUAAUUUUAUUUCCUAUUUUCUAUAGUAACAAGCCAGAAUAUGACAUUUAUUUUUUCAUUUAUUCUUUUUUUUUUUUUUUUGAGACGGAGUUUUGCUCUUGUUACCCAGGAUGAAGUACAAUGGUGCGAUCUCGGCUCACCGCAACCUCCGCCUCCUGGGUUCAGGCAAUUCUCCUGCCUCAGUCUCCUGAGUAGCUGGGAUUACAGGCACGCGCCACCAUGCCCAGCUAAUUUUUUGUAUUUUUAGUAGAGACAGGGUUUCACCAUGUUGACCGGGAUGGUCUCGAGCUCCUGACCUAGUGAUCCACCUGCCUCAGCCUCCCAAAGUGCUGGGAUUACAGGCUUGAGCCACCGCGCCAGGCCCUUCAUUUCUUCUUUCAUUCACAUUGCCGUUCUUUCAUCUAAUCUCCUUUGAGAGUUUACCAGAUUGUUACUACAUGUUGUUGAUUUUACUGGUGAGAUCACUGGGGCACAGAGGGUUAAAUGAUUGCCCCAGCGUCACACAGUCCAUGAGUAGCAGGUCAGUAAUUUGAACGCUAACUGUUCACCUGUGAAACUCUCCCUUUAAACUUUAGAAAAUCAAUCAGGGAAGAAGAGAAGGGGAGAAAGAGAAUUGAAUCCAGCUUGCACGUUUAGCAUUCACCAUGAGGGAAGCCUGCUCUCUGACCUGCUUCCUCUUAGCCAUUUGGUGCUGAUCGCCUCAGAAUCACAUCGACUCUGUUCCACGAUUAGAGCUCCACUUAACUGCUCUGUAAUUAACAACUUGAACAUUAGAACACCUUGUCCACUUGAGAUAUGGUUUUAGACCACUUUCAUGCUGCUGAUAGAGACAUACCGGAGACUGAGUAAUUUAUACAGGAAAAAGGGAUUAAUGGACUCACGGUUCCAUGUGGCUGGGGAGGCCUCACUAUCAUGGUGGAAGGCUAGGAGGGGCCAGUCAUGUCUUUCAUGGAUGGCAGCAGGCAAACGGAGAGCUUGUGCAGGGCAACACUCCUUUUUAAAACUAUCAGAUCUCAUGAGACUUAUUUGCUAUCAUGAGAACAGUGUGGGAAAGACCCCCCCCAACAUGAUUCAAUUACCUCCUAAUGGGUCCCUCCGACAACACAUGGGAAUUCUAGAUGAGAUUUGGGUGGGAACAUAGCCAAACCCAUAUCAGAUAACCCUUCAGUCUUGUGUACCAGGGAAACUACUAACUCAGCUGGUCCGAAGGACUCUGCAAGGACCUGACUCACCAAACAAUGCAUUUUCCAUGUCCCGAUGGUUUCACCACUCUUAUCCCAACUGAUCAGUGACCCCAAUCUUCCAGCCCCUCACCAUCCAUGAACAGCUCCAGCCCAGAACCCCUUGAGGAGAUCCAGAAGAGUCUCCUUCCAUCUCUUCACUUGGUGCCCUGCAAUUAUUAAAUUCUUUCUCUGCUGCAAACCCUGCUCUCUCAGUGUAUUGAUAUGUCACUAUGCAGCAGGCAUACAUACCUGCUGGUCCUUUAAUAUGUAUUCCACUACUCAUUCAUUCAUUCAUUCAUUCAUGUUUUGGUUAUUUCAUCCAACAUUCUUUUUUUUUUUUGAGAAGGAGUUUCGCUCUUGUUACCCAGGCUGUAGUGCAAUGGCAUGAUCUCAGCUCACCGCAACCUCCGCCUCCCGGGUUCAGGCAAUUCUCCUGCCUCAGCCUCCUGAGUAGAUGGGAUUACAGGCACGCACCACCAUGCCCAGAUAAUUUUUUUGUAUUUUUAGUAGAGACGGGGUUUCACCAUGUUGACCAGGAUGGUCUCGAUCUCUUGACCUCGUGAUCCACCCGCCUCGGCCUCCCAAAGUGCUGAGAUUACAUCAUCCAAUAUUCUUUGAGAGUUUACCAGAUGGUACCAUUUUUCUCAAUUGACUGGUGAGAAAACUGAGGCUCAGAGAAGUCAAAUAAUUGUCUUAGGGUUCCACAGCCCAUGAGCAGAAGAGCAGAAAUUCAAACUCUCAGCUGUUUCCCUGGAUAGUCACUGCCUCUCUGUUUUACUGCCUUGCCUCUCCUACAGGUGCAGUGGACAUAGCACCCUUCUGUGUCCCCCUCCAGGUCUCAGGGAGCAGCUCUGCAAUGGGGUUAUGCUGGGAGCCUGUUUAUUCAAGGACGAAAUGUUUCAUGAGUGUGUUGGGCUUAUCCGGGGUUACACAGGAAGUCACUAUCAAAAUCAUGUACAUCCUGUGUCAGUCCCUGUGGCCAUCAGUCCUCUUCUGAUCAUCACUCAAACUGACUUGAGUGAGAAAGAAAUUUAUUUAUUUGAUUUGCUAAGUCCAGGAAUAUACUAGUUCCAAGUGUAGCUGAAUCCAGUAGCUGAAGCAUUUUUCUCAAGAACUGCUUUUUCUGUCUCUCUUCUCUGAUUUAACCUGUGCUGACUUUUAUCUUAGGAAGACUCUCUUCAGGAGGUAACCCCUGAUGGACACAUACUCUUAUCCUUGCAGAAGGCAGAAGAUGCCCUUUCUUUACUCUUCCAAGCAGUUUCAGUGAAAGUCCUGGACCUGGCUUUCUGCCCAAAUAAAGUUGCACACCCUCUGAUAUGUUUGAAUAAUUGUCCCCUCUGAAACUCAUGUUGAAAUGUGACUCCUGCCUUGUGGAAGGUGUUUGGGUCAUGGGAGCAGAUCUCUCAUGAAUAGGUAUGUGUCCUCCCCAUGGUAAUGAGUUUACAUGAGAGCAGGUUAUUUUAAAAAGUAUGGCUCCUGCCUUCUCUGCCUCUUGCUACUGCUGCUGCCAUCUGAUACGCCAGCACCCUCUUCGCCUUACAUCAUGAUUCCAAGCAGAAGCAGAUGCUGGCCCCAGGAUUCUCAUAGAGCCUGCAGAACCAUGAGCCAAACUAAACCUCUAUUCUUUGUAAAUAAUCUAGUCUCAAGCAUUUCUCAACAGCAAUGAAAAAGCCGACUAACACACCAUGACCAGUCAAAAUGGAAUGUUCUGAUUGUGCAGGCCUGGAUUACGUGCCUUUCCUGCUCAUGUGGUGGAAUCCAGAAAAACUAUGAAUGCAGCUACGAUAGAAAUAGGAGAAAAAAAAAAAAAAAGAUUCCAGCUCAGCAAAACAGCCAACAUCCCCUGGGUCAAUGCAGGUGCAGCACACAUGGUCUAUAAAUGAGAACCCUUUAGAAAGAGAGCCAUGGCUGAGGCCCCUGAAACCAUGCUGGGCACACAGUAAAGGCUCAGAAACUGUCUGCUGAACGCAGUGCAUCUAAACCAAAAAGGGCUCUGUUAUUACCGUAUUUGAAAACACUUUAUUUAAAUAGAAGAGAAUGCCUUGGAAAGCAAACUCGCCAAUUGUGCUGGACAUUUCAAGGAUGUAUUUUCACUUUAAAAAUGUGGUUCAUAAGACAUGCUUGUAACUUUGAGACUUGCUUUCACGGUAGAAAGAGAAAAGUUGUUCACUGGACACUGGUUGAUAAUGGUAAGGCAUAGUUUAUUCAAGGAUAUUGCAAUAAGGGAGAGAGAUUGAACUCACUAAACUCAACUCCGAAUACAAGGACAAGGGGGGAUGUUUAGCAAAGUAGCUGAAUAAGGACAUCAGUGGGUGGAAAAAUAGGCAUCAUGUGGAAAGGGGCAUUUGAUAAACUGACCUGGAAGAUUCUUGCUAAGGGCAAGCCAAAGAUCUGCAUGUCAAGGGUAGAAAAAUAAACAUUGUAUGAUAAAUAAAGGCAAUGGGUGGUUCUCAACAAGCCGACUUAGCAGGCUAAGGUCAUGAAGGUCUUCAAGGUCAAAGCCCAGUCAAGGACAGAGAUCAAAGGAAUCAAACUAAAGUUUGGUCAAGAAGGUAAUCUUUGUCAGUAAAUAGCAGAAUCCUGGCCUUAGCAGAAAGUGUUUUCCUGGUUCCUCUACCCCCAUGAUUUUGAGUUUUUAAGGGCUAGUGCAUUUUCUUUUCUUAUUCUUUCAUAUUUUUCUUUUGUAGAGAUGGGGUCUUUCAUGUUGCCCAGGCUCAUCUUAAAUUCCUGGGCUCAAGCAAUCAACCUGCCUCGGUCUCCCAAAGUGCUGGGAUUAUAGGCGCAAGCCACGGCACCCAGCCAAGGCAAGUAUAUUUUCAACUAGUGUGGGGACAGCAGUUCCCCUGUGAUGUCGAAUAGCUUCGUUGGCCAUAAAGCUGGGGGAAUAAUUUUAAAAACAUUUAAAUGAUGAUUUAAUAUAAAUAAGAAUAUUACAAGUUGAGGACUUGAUAUUCCCCUAUUAAGAAGUAUUAGGGGAAAUUGCACUGGAUAUGUGUGCAAUCUAUUUUACUGAGGAAAAAUAUAUGUAGACUCUAGACUUGCUAGUGUAAUUAAAAGCAUCCUUCUAGUGAAUUUAAAGCAUCCAAUUUACUCACAUUGUAGUUUUCAUCUCCGUACACUUGCUGAUCAGUCUGUCAAGCAUAAUAGCCAUUUUGGGUUGGAAGUAUUUAAUCUGCGUGAAUGGGCUUAUCAGCAUGCCUUGGGAAGACACAAUAUAUGACUUCCUGGAAAAGAAACAGCUGCAAUUAGGUGGUGAUUAUAAAGUGUCCUGUUAUUAUGGUUUUAAGAAUCAUACCAGGAUAACCUUGUGGUAGAGGAACUCAGAAGACACAACGGAAGAUUCAAAAUAUGAUCACAUUUGGUGAUUGGGAGCAUUCUUGACUCUUGACUCAAGGAUCUGGUUCUGAAAUUUCCAAGUCCCUCCCUUAUGCAAAAAGAUCAGCUUUAGCACCUGGCUCAGUGGGUACUCGGUAAAUGUAUAGCUAACACGGGACCCAAAUUCUUGGGGAGGGUCAUGCCACCAUUAGCUUUACAACCCACCUGUGUGUGUGCCGAUGUUGGAAACUUGAAUCUCAUUAUUUCGGGGACCUAGCUUUUUGUAUUUCACCUCACUGUAACAGUGAUAGAAAUCUAACACAGCUGAAUUGAUGUUGAUUCUAACCUCACAUGCUAACUGUCUUUGCUCAAUGCUACAGGUAGAACAAGCUGAUGAUGGGAGGAAAUUAGUUUAUAGUUUAAAGCAAGGAUGAUAAUAGCCAGUUCCAAAAACUAAUCCCCGAGGACAUAAAGAGGGCCAAACACAUAAAUAACGAUGGUUAUGCUGUAAUAGCCUAACAGACUCCAUCAUAGAUGUGAGCCUGACAAACUCCAUCUUAGCCUCUCCCUCCCCGCCAUUUCUCCUUCCAGUGCACAGCUGGGUCAUGCUGUACCCAGUACCUUGUAACCCUUGUACCUAUAUCCUGCUUGGCGAGUCUACCUGCUGCUAUGAAUAACCUACUCCCCUUGGUGAUCGAUUGUAUGGAAAGCCCCCCCCCCCCACUCCCCUUGGUAACCAACAAUCCUGGGAACCUCCUUCCCCCUGGUUACCAGCUUCCUUAUCUAACUUGCUUGUUCUGCUUCUGUAAAAUUCUGCUUUGCCACUCUCCUUUUCUAAGCAAGGUAUAAAAAGGAAUCAAUCCCCUUCUUUGGGGCAGAGAGAAUAUUGAGCAUUUGCCAUCUCUCGGCAAUGAAAGGUCGGGUCACCUACAAAGGGAAGCCCAUCAGACUCACAGCAGAUCUCUCGGCAGAAACCCUACAAGGCAGAAGAGUGUGGGGGCCAAUAUUCAACAUCCUUAAAGAAAAGAACUUUCAAGCCAGAAUUUCAUAUCCAACCAAACUGAGCUUCAUUAGUGAAGGAAAAAUAAAAUCCUUUGCAAACAAGAAAGUACUCAGAGAUUUUGUCACCACCAGGCCUGCUUUACAAGAGCUCCUGAAAGAGGCACUACACAUAGAAAGGAACAACCAGUACCAGCUGCUCCAAAAACAUACCAAAUGCUAAAGAACAUCAACAAAAUGAAGUAUCUGCAUCAACUAACAGGCAAAACAUCCAGCUAGCAUCAAAAUGGCAGUAUCAAAUUCACACAUAACAAUAUUAACCCUAAAUGUAAAUGAGCUAAAUACACCAAUCAAUAAACACAGACCGGCAAAUUGGAUAAAAAGCCAAAACCCAUCUCACAUACAAAAAUGCACAAAGGCUCAAAAUAAAGUGAUAGAGGAAGAUUUACCAAGCAAAUGGAGAGAAAAAAAAGCAGGAGUUGCAAUUCUCGUCUCUGAUAGAAUAGACUUUAAAGCAACAAAGAUCAAAAGAGACAAAAAAGGACAUUACAUCAUGGUAAAAGGAUCAAUACAACAAGAAGAGCUAACGAUCCUAAAUAUAUAUGGACCCAAUACAGGAGCACCCAGAUAUAUAAGGCAAGUUCUUAAUGACUUAUAAAGAGACUUAGACUUCCACACAAUAAUAGUGAGAGACUUUAACACUCCACUGUCAAUAUUAGACAGAUCAACCAGACAGAAAAUUAACAAUGAUAUCCAGGGCUUGAACUCAGACCUGGAACAAGCAAACCUGAAAGACAUUUACAGAGCUCUCCACCCAGAAUCCACAGAAUAUACAUUCUUCUCAGCACCACAUCACACCUACUCUAAAAUUGACCACAUGAUUGGAAGUAAAGCACUCCUCAGCAAAUGCAAAACAACUGAAAUCACAACAAACAGUCUCUCAGACCAUAGUGCAAUCAAGUUAGAACUCAGAAUUCAGAAACUAACUCACAACUGCACAGCUUCUUGGAAACUGAACAACUGGCUCUUGAAUGUUGACUGGAUAAACAAUGAAAUGAAGGCAGAAAUAAAGAAGUUCUUUGAAACCAACAAGAACGAAGACACAACAUACCAGAAUCUCUGGGACUCAUUUAAAGCAGUCUCUAGAGGAAAGUAUAUAGCAAUAAGUGCCCAUAUGAGGAGAAUGGAGAGAUCCAAAAUUGACACCCUAUCGUCAAAAUUGAAAGAGCUAGAGGAGCAAGAUCAAAAAAACUCAAAACCCAGCAGAAGAAAAGAAAUAACUAAGAUCAGAGCAGAACUGAAGGAGAUUGAGACACGAAAAACCCUUCAAAAAUAUCAAUAAAUCCAAGAGCUGGUUUUUUGAAAAGAUCAACAAAAUAGACAGACCACUAGCCAGACUGAUAAAAAAGAAAAGAGAGAAUAACCAAAUAGAUGCAAUAAAAAAUGAUAAAGGGGAAAUCACCACAGAUUCCACAGAAAUUCAAACCAUCAUCAGAGAAUAUUACAAACAACUCUAUGCACAUAAACUAGUAAACCUGGAAGAAAUGGAUAAAUUCCUGGACUCCUGUGUCCUCCCAAGCCUAAACCAGGAGGAAGCCGAAACUAUGAAUAGACCAAUAACAAGGUCUGAAGUCGAGGCAGCAAUUAAGAGCCUACCACACAAAAAAAGCCCAGGUCCAGACGGGUUCACAGCCGAAUUCUACCAGACACACAAAGAGGAGCUGGUACCAUUCCUUCUAAAACUAUUUCAAACAAUCCAAAAAGAGGGAAUCCUUCCCAAAUCAUUUUAUGAGACCAACAUCAUCCUGAUACCAAAACCUGGUAGAGACUCAACAAGAAAAGAAAACUUCAGGCCAAUAUCCAUGAUGAACAUAGACGCAAAAAUCUUCAAUAAAAUACUGGCAAGCCAAUUGCAACAGCACUUCAAAAAGCUUAUCCACCAUGAUCAAGUAGGAUUCAUCCCGGGGAUGCAAGGCUGGUUCAACUUACACAAAUCUAUAAAUGUAAUUCACCACAUCAACAGAAACAAAAACAAAAACCACAUGAUUAUCUCAAUUGAUGCAGAGAAGGCCUUUGACAAAAUUCAACAGCCCUUUGUGCUCAAAACCCUCAAUAAACUCGGUAUCGAUGGAACGUAUCUCAAAGUAAUAAAACCUAUUUACGACAAACCAACAGCCAAUAUCAUACUGAAUGGGCAAAAACUGGAAGCAUUCCCUUUGAAAUCUGGCACUAGACAAGGAUGCCCUCUUUCACCACUCCUAUUCAAUAUAGUACUGGAAGUUCUAGCCAGAGCAAUCAGGCAAGAAAAAGAAAUAAAGCAUAUUCAAAUAGGAAAGGAGGAAGCCAAAUUGUCUCUAUUUGCAGACGACAUGAGAGUAUACCUAGAAGACCCAAUCGUCUCAGCCCAAAAACUCCUGAAACUGAUAAGCAACUUCAGCAAAGUCUCAAGAUACAAAAUCAAUGUGCAAAAAUCACAAGCAUUCCUAUACACCAAUAACAGACUUAAAAAAAGCCAAAUCAAGAACGAACUGCCAUUCACAACUGCUACAAAGAGAAUAAAAUACCUAGGAAUACAACUAACAAGGAACAUAAGGGACCUCUUCAAGGAGAACUACAAACCACUGCUCAAUGAAAUAAGAGAGGACACAAACAGAUGGAGAAACAUACCAUGUUCAUGGUUAGGAAGAAUCAAUAUUGUGAAAAUGGCCAUACUGCCCAAAGUUAUUUACAGACUCAACUCUAUCCCCAUCAAGCUACCAUUGACUUUCUUCAAAGAACUGGAAAAAACCACCUUAAACUUCAUAUGGAACCAAAAGAGAGCCCGCAUAGCCAAGUCAAUUCUAAGCAAAAAGAACACAGCAGGAGGCAUCACACUACCAGACUUCAAGGCUACAGUAAUCAAAACAGCAUGGUACUGGUACCAAAAUAGAGGUAUAGACCAAUGGAACAGAACAGAGGCAUUGGAGGCAACACGACAUAUCUACUACCAUACAAUCUUGGGUAAACCUGACAAAAACAAGCAAUGGGGAAAGGAUUCCCUGUUUAAUAAAUGGUGUUGGGAAAACUGGCUAGCCAUGUGCAGAAAGCAGAAACUGGACCCCUUCCUGACACCUUACACUAAAAUUAACUCCAGAUGGAUUAAAGACUUAAACAUAAGACCUGGCACCAUAAAAACCCUAGAAGAAAAUCUAGGCAAAACCAUUCAGGACAUAGGCGUAGGCAAGGACUUUAUGACCAAAACACCAAAAGCAUUGGCAACAAAAGCCAAAUAGACAAAUGGGACCUAAUCAAACUCCACAGCUUCUGCACAGCAAAAGAAACAGUCUCUAGUGUGAAUCGGCAACCAACAGAAUGGGAAAAAAUUUUUGCAGUUUACCCAUCUGACAAAGGGCUGAUAUCCAGAAUUUACAAAGAACUCAAACAGAUUUACAGGAAAAAAACAAACAAGUCCGUUCAAAAAUGGGCAAAGGAUAUGAACAAACACUUUACAAAAGAAGACAUACAUGAGGCCAACAAACGUAUAAAAAAAUGCUCAUCAUCACUGGUCAUUAGAGAAAUGCAAAUCAAAACUACAUUGAGAUACCAUCUCACGCCAGUUAGAAUGGCGAUCAUUAAAAAAUCUGGAGACAACAGAUGCUGGAGAGGAUGUGGAGAAAUAGAAGCACUUUUACACUGCUGGUGGGAGUGUAAAUUAAUUCAACCAUUGUGGAAGACAGUGUGGUGAUUCCUCAAGGACCUAGAAAUAGAAAUUCCAUUUGACCCAGCAAUCUCAUUACUGGGUAUAUAUCCAUAGGACUAUAAAUCAUUCUACCAUAAGGACACAUGCACACGAAUGUUCAUUGCAGCACUGUUUACAAUAGCAAAGACCUGGAACCAACCCAAAUGCCCAUCAAUGAUAGACUGGAUGGGGAAAAUGUGGCACAUAUACACCAUGGAAUAUUAUGCAGCAAUCAAAAAUGAUGAGUUUAUGUCCUUUGUAGGGACAUGGAUGAAUCUGGAGAACAUCAUUCUCAGCAAACUGACACAAGAACAGAAAAUGAAAUACCACAUGUUCUCACUCAUAGGCCAGUGAUGAACAAAGAGAACACAUGGACACAGGGAGGGGAGCACUACACACUGGGGUCUAUUGGGGGGAAUAGGGAAGGGACAGC